CAACGCUUUUGGCGCCAAGCUAGCGAUUUCCUCCCUGCAGCGGUUGGUUGUUGGUUGUGUUUACAAUUUUCUCGUCAGAAUUUUACAUUUUUGUCUUAAUUAGUCAGGUUGUAGUGAGGAAUCCGAACAUGCCGAAAAGAAAACGUGAUAGGAGAUCUACGGAGGAUGCCCGUCCACCGGCACAAAUUUUUGGCGAUUUUCAAGAGGCCGGGAAUUACUUGACCGAGAAAUACGAGAGUGAACUCGAAGAGUUCUUCCACAAACACGAAGACGACGAAAACUUGUUCGAGAAUUACUUCUACCAUCCUCUCCUCUGCUUGCUGAACGCGGCCAGCGACAGUCCAUUUACCAAAAGGACAAUUCCUCUUGUUGUCAGUUUCGUGGCCAACCGUCUGGCUGAGGAGGACGCUAACGAUGAGAGAGAAAGUGCUUCGCCGUUUGUCAGGAAUUUCUUCGAAUUGAUUUUUCAGGUGCAAGGGCUGGACAAUAAGAAUUUCCGCUUCAACUCUUGCAAGUUUAUGGUUGACUUGCUGGCAAAACUGGCAGAGAAAGACGUUUCGAUGGAUGACGAUCUCUGCGCUGAAAUGUCCAAGAUCAUGAUCAAUGAUAGAAUCAUAGACAAAGCAGUGGACAUUAGAGAAUUGGCUGCCCAAGUUCUGCAGUGGCUGCAAGAUCCGACGUCCCAGAGCUGUGAAGUGACCAAAACGCUGAUGUUCCACUUGGACAAAGAUCCGUCGGUGGAGGUUCGCAAGACCAUCCUGGGUCUGAUUAGAGUGUCCUCUGUGACCGUUCCCUCCAUAGCAAUGCGCACCAGGGACAUCAGCGAGAGUGUCCGCAUCAUGGCUUACAAAAUACUUGCCGAUCGACGCCGAAUGAACUCUCUGUCAUUCUCACUCAGAGAGAAAAUCAUUAUGUCUGGUUUAAAUGACACAAGUGCGGCCGUCAGGGAAGUUGUUGAGAACUAUUUGCUGCCCAAGUGGCUGGAGCGUCUCAGUGGUGACUUGGUUGAGUUUGCCGAAAAUCUUGAUGUCAACUGCAGACCCUUGGUGCCUCGACGUGCGCUGCCACACCUUCUAAAAAACAAAACAACGGAAGAGUUGAUAGCCUUCCUCCGUCUUGAGGAUGGCGAAAAAUAUCCCAAAAUGGAAAAACUAACGCCAGGAUUGUCUCUUUACUGGUCAUGCCUGGCAAAAUACUUCAGCGAACGAGACGAUUCUGAAUCUCUUGAGAGAAUUCUUGGCAAUGUGACCCAGCUGGUUCACUAUGUUGAUUGCUACUACAAGCAGGAGAUGCUCAAAGACAUUCCGUCUGAGGACCAAAAAGACGAGACCCUCUUCCGCACCACAAUCUUCAUAAACCUGCUCGAGCUCUUUAGUUUCUGCGACAUGAGCAACGAAGUUGGAAGAGGUGACAUGACUGCAAUGUUGCUGGACGUUCUGAACAACAAAGAAUACCAGCCCGACCGGCGUCUGCUGACCAAGGUCAUGGCGCAGCUUCUCCUCGGCCUGCCAGAUCCGUACAGCAGAGUUGACUCAGUGCUCACACUACUCACUGAUCUUUACAACCCUCUGGUCGAGCCAGAAGCCGAACCGACUAGAGUGAUUUCUGCUGAGGAGAAGAGAGCCCUAAACCUGGCUAUUGCUUUUCUGAAAAAGGACUUGUGUAAUCUGCACAUCUCCAAAGAGAAAGCCAUAGAUAAUGAGCAGUUUGCGGAGGCGCAAGAGCUGAAGGCCAAAAUUGAAAAAGUGCGAGACGAAAUCAAGGAGAAGGAGGAAGAAAUGAAAGGGCCCGUCAUUGUUGAGACCCAAACAGAUGAUAUGGAACGGCAGCAGACAGAUGACCCUCAUGUGCAGUACAAGUGCCUGGUUAUUUUGUGUGAGUUGCUAAGGAAUGAGGAAGUGAUGCAACUGACUCAGAGCUUCCACGAAAUCAUGGACACUUUUGUACGACACUGCGUUUCCAUCGACGAAGAGGCCCUCAUGAUCAAUGCAUUCGAGGCCCUAGGAUUGCACAGCAUGCAAUCUCCGGAAAUUGCAGUGAAAAACUUGACCGUUUUCUACGCUGUUCUCAUCACUGACGUCAGACCAUAUGACAGGGUGCGUGCCAAGUGCAUACAGUGCAUUGCUGCUCUGCUUGUGCACCACGGGCCUGAAAAGUUAUCCAUACCGCAAGAAGAAUGGGAAGAGCCCCUGGAGGCCAUGCGGUUGGGUGUGCCUAUAAAUGAGCAGGGCUAUCUUCUCUGCAUUGUCAAAAACAUGGACAGUGAAAGCGACAUAAUAAAACGGCAAGCCAUCAUGGGCGCCUGCCAGUUGCUUCUCUCAGGCCGAGUCAAGUCGCCCAAGUUGCUGGCCAAAAUCGUCUUUCUCUGGUUCUCGCCCACCACAGGCCCAGACCAUUACUUGAUCAACAUGAUGGGAAAGUUCCUGUCGUGCUUCUCAGUUGAAACACCGGGAGCUCUGCAAAUUCUUACAGACUCCCUUUUGAUAGCCUUGGAUGAAAUUUUGAACUGCAGCCACAUGAGUGAUCUGCAAGAGCUUGACCCUAAAGAGAUCGGCCUCUUCAUUCUUGAUCUUACCAAACCUGGCACGAACAAAUACACCAAUGAGAACUACCACGAUCUUAUUGCCAGAAAGCUUCUUGAAAAGCUCGAAUUUGAAGACAGCGUUUCUACCCAAAGCACUUACUUGCGGCUGCUGGUUAAUUUGGCAAUUUCUUACGAUGUUGCAGCGGUGCGAGAUUCACUGCUGCAAACUGUGCGCAGAAUUAGAAGGAGUAACUUGGUCAACUCAAAGAACGGAGACAUUCUGAAACUUAUUCUGAACUUGCAAGGACAACCAACUGGUGAGCUUUUGGACAGUGUGUCAUCAACCCCGAGGUCGCCAGGCAUCAGAAGAACCUUGAUCACCAACAAGGAGAAUUUGAUCACCCCAAUUAGGAACUCUGGAGAUCAGGAAAUGGAUUCUGAUGAUGAUGAAGACAGCAUUUUUAAAACUCCACCAAGGAUCAUUCCAAGACUUUAGAUUAAUUGUUUGACAAAAUGAAUUCCAAUAUUGGAUUAUUUUCCGAAGUUCAAAGCUUAUUACUAAGAAUUGCUGCAAAAGUUGAAUUUUCACUUUUUUAAAUUUUGACCUGGUUCUUCAUUGAUGCAUAAAUUUUAAUAUGUGUGACAAAAUCUUAUCUCCUUAAUAAUUCCUACUUAGAUUGAUUACUUAUAUUUGUUGUGGCUAAAAGCAAUUAAAAUUUGGAAAACAAGUACUCAUUCUAAGAAAAAUAAUAUAUCUAAAUAAAUAAAAU